UUCACAACAAAUCAACCCUUUGGACAAAAGAUCAGAGAUAAGAAAAAGUCGAGCUUAGCCAUAUAUAAAGACUUAAGCCGGCUAUCCCAAGUACCCAUUUUAAUUCCUACAAACGUUUAAAAAUGAUGAAGAAUAUUGGCGCUGUGCUUUUAGGACUGGUGGCACUUGUCGCUGCCGCACCGUUGGAUGAACUACCGGCGGACAGCUGGAGUCUAGUUCCGGACGCCAACGGCCGUUUACACUUGGUUAACCUUAACCCAUACAACCUUCCAAAUGAAGAUCAGGAACCGGAGAAACGCUUCACUGCCGCUACCGAUACGAUCUUCCGUUUGUACACUCGCUCGAAUCCAACCUCGCCGCAAGUCAUCGGACUGAACAACGCAGCUUCAUUGACGAGCUCAAAUUUCAACCCGGCUCACCCAACUCGGUUCAUCAUCCACGGAUGGAAUAACGAUGGCUUCUCGGAAGUCAACACCAUCCUGACGAACGCUUGGCUGUCACGUGGUGACUUCAACGUGAUCACCGUUGACUGGGGAGUGGGUGCCAUUACCCUAAACUAUCCGUUCGCCCGAGCUCGCAUCAUGUCCGUUGGAUCAGUAGUGUCGACGUUCAUCAACUUCUUGAGUUCCAACACUGGAAUCGCCUUUAACAGCAUUAGCAUCGCGGGACAUAGCUUGGGUGCUCAUGCCGCCGGUAAUGCAGGCUUCUUUCAGUUUAACCGUUUGAACACGAUCUUCGGUAUGGAUCCAGCUCUGCCACUGUUCUCAUUCGAUAGCUCCGAUCGUAUUCAGGCCACCGAUGCACAGUACGUGGAAACCAUCCACACUAACGCUGGACUGCUGGGAUUUGAUCUACCGCUGGGCAGGGCAUCGUUCUACCCGAACGGAGGGCGAAUUCAACCAGGCUGUGGUAUUGACAUUACCGGAGCUUGCGCCCACGGCAGGGCUUACGAGUUUUUGGCCGAGUCUAUCAUCCGUGGAGGAUUCUCGUCGACUCCGUGCCAAUCGUUCCAGCAGAUUCUGGAGAACAACUGUGUCGCCACCGGUGCCAAUCGUCCAAUGGGUGGUGAACCUUCCAACUUCAAUACCGGAACGCAGGGAAUCUUCAGGCUGACUACCCGAGGAUCCAGUCCGUUCUCGCUAGAUUAAGCGACACGCAAUGGAGUGGAGACGAUUAUCUCAAUGGUCUGUUAUUG